UCUCUCUCUCUAGGGUUUUAAUUUUCCUUGCCCUUUUUAUAUACAAGUGAGAGGGCAACAAGUAACCGUCUUCUAUUAAUGCUCUGUUUCUAGUUUGUAUAUGAACACAUCUGAUUGAUAUUUAUGACUGUCUUGGUCUCAUAUUGACCAUUUUUUUUUUUGGGGGGGGGUUGAUUCUUGGGGUAUUAGGGUUUUUGGUGAUUUGGGUAAUGUCAAAAAUUGCUUUUUGUGAUAAUUUAGGAUUUGGGUUGUGAAAAUUGAGGAAAGUUUUUGAGGGGUUUUGAAUAGCGGUGAAGAAAGACCCAAGUAGUUAAGUUAGUAGUUGGGAUUUCGGGUUUGUGUUCACGAGAAAAUGUAGGUUUGUCACAAGAAAGUUGCCGAGAAAAUUCAGAUUUUCAACUGCUUUGGUGACUGCUGAUCUCUUUUUUGCUGAUCCAUUUGUGUUUGUCUGGGCUGUACAAAGUUUUUGUUCUGGUUAGAAAGAGAGAGAAUUGAAUUUGAAUUUGCUUUCUUGUUGUUGUUUUUGUUUUCUCUUUUGUGUUUUUGAAAUGAAUCAUUCAGCGGUUGCUGGGGAUCGGAGGGAAGCGGUUGAAGUUACGAAGGACAGGAAUGGAAUUGAUCAGGUUGUGCUUCGAAACCCUCGAGGGGCUUCAGCACAGGUUAGCUUGCAUGGAGGACAGGUUCUUUCAUGGAAGACUGACCGAAGCGAAGAGUUGUUAUUCACAAGUAGUAAGGCGAUUUUCAAGCCCCCAACUGCCGUGAGAGGAGGGAUUCCGAUUUGUUUUCCUCAGUUUGGAAACCGUGGGUCACUGGAGCAACAUGGAUUUGCCCGGAAUAAGAUUUGGGUCAUUGAUGAUAACGCUCCACCUCUGCACACCAACGAUUCUGAUGGCAAAACCUAUGCUGAUUUGCUAUUCAAACCGUCUCAGGAAGAUCUGAAGGUCUGGCCCCAUAGUUUUGAAUUUCGUCUUAGGGUGUCUCUCACUGCUGAUGGCUAUCUCACCAUGAUAUCUCGCAUUAGGAAUAUCAAUUGCAAGCCCUUUAGUUUCUCAUUUGCCUACCAUACCUACUUCUCCGUCUCUGAUAUCAGUGAAGUUAGGGUAGAGGGGUUGGAGACUCUUGACUACCUCGACAACUUAUACCAGAGAGAGCGUUUUACUGAACAGGGGGAUGCCUUAACAUUUGAAUCUGAGGUGGAUCGAGUUUAUCUCAGUUCUUCCGAUGUAAUUGCAGUUUAUGAUCAUGAGAAAAAGCGAACUUUUGUGAUACGAAAGGAUGGACUUCCAGAUGUUGUUUGGAAUCCAUGGGAGAAGAAAUCCAAGUCAAUGGUAGAUUUCGGGGAUGAGGAGUACAAACAAAUGCUUUGUGUUGAUGGGGCAGCAAUUGAGAAACCAAUCACGUUGAAGCCGGGCGAGGAAUGGACCGGCCGGUUGGAGCUGUCAGUCAUGCUCUCAACGUAAGAGACCCGCAAUUGAAAUGAUAUCAAUAUCAAUAAAAACCAGAAAUACAAUGGUACUUUUUUUUACUGUAUUUGGCAUGCAGAAUAAGAACAUGGUUGCAUUAUAAUUUUCAUACCAUGAAAAUGGAAAUUCAUGGAGAUAUAUGUUCCAAUAUUUCUCCAAUUGUCGAAGCAGGGAUAUUCGUUGUGUGUUUCCCUUAGUAGGCAUGAAUUCAACUAUAUAUUGAGUAUGUUGAACCAGACCAAAAAUAUGACUCUAUUUGCUCUGUAUGACUUGUAAUACAUAUUUAUAUGGAAUUUUCCCCACCAGAUAACUGCAAUACAAAUUUGGGUUUUCCGGUGUAAUAAUCAUCAGUAA